AUGGCCACGCAUAUUCGAGCUCUCCGGGAGCCAUGGCGCAGAAUCGCCCAAGCCCGGCCGCAUCGGCGCCAGACGCUGCUGCCUCCCAACCGUCGAUGCUUCUCCGUCCUGCACCCGCUGAAGCUGGCCGAGUCGCGCAGCGUGGCCGAGCUGCCGGAGCGCACGCACCCGCGAUACCUGCAAGUCUCCAAGCCGGGCUCGUCGCUGCUGUCGCUCAACUGGCCGCGGCCGCCGCGUAACCUGCUGCUGGUGCAGAAGCUCUACUCGCCCGAGGUCACCGAGUCGGUGGUUUCGUUUGCGCGGCACAUCCGCAGCGACUACCCCGAAGUCAACAUCGUCAUAGAGGGGCGCGUCGCGGUGCCGAUCCAGCAGCAGCUCGACUUCCCCAUCUUUGUCGUCGACAACGGCACGAGCAUCGCCGACAAGAUCGAUGCGAUUGCGACGUUUGGCGGCGACGGGACGGUCUUGCGCGCCGCGAGCCUGUUCAAGCUGCACGGGUCGGUGCCGCCCAUCUUGGCCUUCAGCAUGGGCACGCUGGGCUUUCUGGGGGAAUGGAACUUUGCAGAGCAUAAAAAGGCGUGGAGGGAGAUGUACAUGAGCGGCAGCGACGUCAGCGCGGGGCGCAAUGCUGCCGUGCCGCGGGGGAACGAGAACGACGAUGGCAUUGGCGCGAAUGCGGCGUCUGGCGAGGGAUGGGAGCGAGUCAAGGGCAAGAGUCAGGGAAUCAACAGAGCAUCACGGGUUUUGCUGCGGCACCGGAUCAAGGCCGACAUCUUUGACCGGGCGGGCAACAACAUCAAUCACGAAGUCUCCAACACGCUGGCCAGCCAGCCCAAGUCGGGCAUCGCCAGUCCAAAGGAGAUCUCGCCUCCGCUGCGCGCCAUCAACGAAAUCUCCGUGCACCGCGGCUCUCACCCGCACCUUGCCAUCAUCGACAUUUAUCAGAAUGGUCAUUUCCUCACAGAAACAACGGCGGACGGCAUCCUCAUCAGCACACCAACCGGCUCAACCGCUUAUAGCUUGAGUGCCGGAGGUCCGAUUGUGCAUCCCCUGGUCAAGUCGCUGCUCAUCACGCCCAUCAGCCCCUGCAGCCUCAGUUUCCGAUCGCUGGUGCUUCCUCUGGACACCAAAGUUACGCUGCGGAUGAGUCCAAAGAACAGAGGCCGCGAGCUGGACCUUAGCAUCGACGGCAGACGGUGCGCCGGCGUCUUGCCCGGAUCGGAGAUCCACGUCGAGGGCGAGUUUGUAGGUCGAGCGGGCCCCGGCGAGGAAUGGCAUGGCGGAGUGCCGUGCGUGAUACGCACCGAGGAUGAUGAUCCUUGGGUUGGCGGACUGAAUGGACUCCUUAAGUUCAAUCACCCCUUUGGCAGAGAGCCUCCCACUGAGGAGUUUUCUGACUAG